GCCGUGGAGGGGAACGGGAUGACGUUCUCUCCAACGGAAGAAACGUUGAGGAGUCGCGACGCAGAAGGCGUUCGGAGGAGCUGCUGCUGAAUUAUCGUGGCGAAAAAUGGCUACGUCCGACUCCAAAGCGCCUCUGCGAACGGUGAAACGCGUGCAGUUCGGUAUCCUUUCCCCGGACGAGAUACGUCGUAUGUCAGUCACAGAUGGCGGCAUACGAUUUCCAGAGACUAUGGAAGGUGGCCGCCCUAAAUUGGGCGGUCUUAUGGAUCCCAGACAAGGUGUCAUUGACAGAAAUUCAAGAUGCCAGACAUGCGCUGGCAAUAUGACGGAAUGCCCUGGUCAUUUUGGACAUAUAGAUCUCGCAAAACCAGUAUUUCAUGUUGGAUUUAUUACAAAGAAUAUAAAGAUACUAAGAUGCGUUUGCUUCUACUGUUCCAAAUUACUCGUCAGCCCUCACAAUCCAAAGAUCAAAGAAAUCGUGAUGAAGACAAAGGGACAGCCACGGAAGCGACUAGCGUUUGUUUACGACUUAUGCAAAAGCAAGAGCAUCUGCGAAGGCGGAGACGAGAUGGACAUCAACAAAGAGAACACGGAGGCCCAACAGCAAAUGGAUAGAAAACCUGGUCACGGCGGUUGCGGCAGAUACCAGCCGAAUCUCAGACGAUCCGGUUUAGACGUCACCGCGGAGUGGAAGCACGUAAACGAAGACUCGCAAGAGAAGAAGAUGGUACUUUCAGCCGAGAGAGCCUGGGAGAUUCUGAAACACAUCAAGGAUGAAGAGUCAUUUAUCCUGGGAAUGGACCCCAAGUUUGCUCGACCAGAUUGGAUGAUAGUUACGGUGCUGCCGGUACCACCCCUGUCUGUCAGACCCGCUGUCAUCAUGUAUGGUUCCGCGAAGAAUCAGGACGAUUUGACCCACAAACUAGCGGACAUCAUCAAAUCGAACAACGAGCUGCUGCGAAAUGAACAGUCGGGCGCGGCGGCACACGUGAUCCUAGAAAACAUAAAGAUGCUGCAGUUUCACGUCGCGACACUCGUCGACAACGACAUGCCAGGCAUGCCGCGAGCGAUGCAGAAAUCCGGCAAGCCGCUCAAGGCGAUCAAGGCUCGGCUGAAGGGCAAGGAGGGCAGGAUUCGUGGAAAUCUGAUGGGCAAGCGCGUGGACUUCUCCGCGCGUACCGUCAUUACCCCCGAUCCCAACUUGCGCAUCGAUCAGGUCGGCGUGCCACGUAGCAUCGCGCAGAACCUGACGUUUCCCGAGAUCGUCACGCCGUUCAACAUCGACAAGAUGCAAGUGCUGGUCAGACGCGGCAAUUCGCAGUACCCCGGCGCCAAGUACAUAGUUCGCGACAACGGCGAGAGGAUUGACCUACGUUUUCAUCCCAAAUCCUCGGAUCUGCAUCUGCAGUGCGGCUACCGGGUGGAGCGACACAUCCGCGACGGCGACCUCGUGAUCUUCAAUCGUCAGCCGACCCUGCACAAAAUGUCCAUGAUGGGCCAUCGGGUAAAGGUGCUGCCCUGGAGUACGUUCCGCAUGAAUCUGAGCUGCACGUCCCCGUACAACGCCGACUUCGACGGGGACGAGAUGAAUUUGCACGUGCCACAAUCGAUGGAGACCCGCGCGGAGGUCGAGAACAUUCAUGUGACCCCGCGGCAGAUCAUUACGCCGCAGGCGAACAAGCCGGUCAUGGGUAUCGUCCAGGAUACCCUAACGGCCGUGAGGAAGAUGACGAAGCGCGACGUGUUCAUCGAGAAGGAGCAGAUGAUGAACCUGCUCAUGUUUCUGCCCAGCUGGGACGGCAAGAUGCCGCAGCCUUGUAUCCUGAAACCGAAACCUCUGUGGACCGGCAAGCAAUUGUUCUCCCUCAUCAUACCGGGAAACGUGAACAUGAUACGAACCCACAGCACGCAUCCCGACGAGGAGGACGACGGUCCGUACAAGUGGAUCUCGCCGGGUGACACAAAGGUAAUGGUGGAGCACGGGGAGCUGGUGAUGGGUAUUCUCUGCAAGAAGACCCUGGGUACAUCCGCCGGCUCAUUGCUCCACAUCUGUAUGCUCGAGCUGGGUCACGACGUGUGCGGACGCUUCUACGGUAACAUCCAGACGGUCAUCAACAACUGGUUGCUGCUGGAGGGUCAUUCAAUUGGUAUCGGCGACACCAUCGCUGAUCCGCAGACAUACCUGGAGAUUCAAAAAGCGAUCAAGAAGGCCAAGGAGGACGUGAUAGAGGUGAUUCAGAAGGCGCACAACAUGGAAUUGGAGCCGACACCUGGCAACACGCUACGUCAGACUUUCGAGAAUCAGGUGAACAGGAUUCUGAACGACGCUAGAGACAAAACCGGAGGCUCCGCCAAGAAGUCCCUGACGGAGUACAACAACUUGAAGGCCAUGGUGGUAUCCGGCUCCAAGGGUUCCAACAUCAACAUCUCUCAGGUUAUCGCUUGUGUGGGUCAGCAGAACGUCGAGGGUAAACGAAUACCCUUCGGAUUUCGCAAGCGUACGCUUCCACAUUUCAUUAAGGACGAUUACGGACCCGAGUCCCGCGGCUUCGUCGAGAACUCGUACCUCGCCGGUCUCACGCCGUCCGAGUUCUAUUUCCACGCGAUGGGUGGUCGCGAGGGUCUCAUCGAUACCGCCGUGAAGACGGCCGAGACCGGUUACAUCCAGCGUCGUUUGAUAAAGGCUAUGGAGUCUGUAAUGGUUCAUUACGACGGCACUGUACGCAAUUCUGUAGGUCAGUUGAUCCAGCUGCGUUACGGAGAGGACGGUCUCUGCGGGGAGACCGUCGAGUUCCAAAAUCUGCCCACCAUCAAGGUGAGCAACAAGGCCUUCGAGAAGAAAUUCAAGUUUGAUCCGACCAACGAGCGAUACCUACGACGGAUAUUCAACGAGGACAUCGUACGAGAGAUGAUGGGCUCCGGCGAGGUGAUCUCCGAGCUGGAAAGAGAGUGGGAACAGCUGAACAAGGAUCGCGCCGUGCUGCGGGAGAUCUUCCCAAGCGGCGAGUCCAAGGUCGUUUUACCUUGCAAUCUACAGAGAAUGAUUUGGAACGUGCAAAAGAUCUUCCACAUCAACAAGCGGGCGCCGACCGACCUCAGUCCUAUGAGAGUGAUUCAGGGAGUGAAGGAUCUUCUGGACAAAUGCAUUAUCGUCGCCGGGGAUGAUAGACUUAGCAAACAGGCGAACGAGAACGCGACCUUAUUGUUCCAGUGCCUGGUGAGGUCGACUCUGUGCACGAAAUGCGUUUCCGAGGAAUUCAGGCUGUCUAGCGAAGCCUUCGAGUGGCUGAUCGGAGAGAUCGAGACCAGAUUCCAACAGGCCCAGGUGUCACCGGGUGAAAUGGUGGGUGCUUUAGCGGCGCAGUCUCUCGGCGAGCCCGCAACUCAGAUGACCCUGAACACAUUCCACUUCGCCGGCGUGUCGUCCAAGAACGUCACCCUCGGUGUGCCGAGAUUGAAGGAGAUCAUCAACAUCAGCAAGAAGCCGAAAGCGCCGUCGCUCACGGUGUUCCUGACGGGUGCGGCCGCGCGAGACGCCGAAAAGGCGAAGAACGUGCUCUGCCGACUGGAACACACGACCCUGAAGAAGGUGACAGCCAACACGGCAAUCUACUAUGAUCCGGAUCCGCAGAACACGGUGAUUGCGGAGGAUCAGGAAUUUGUCAACGUGUACUACGAGAUGCCCGACUUCGAUCCGACCAAGAUAUCCCCCUGGUUGCUGCGCAUUGAGUUGGACAGGAAGAGAAUGACCGAUAAGAAGCUGACGAUGGAGCAGAUCGCGGAGAAGAUCAACGCCGGCUUCGGCGACGAUCUCAACUGCAUCUUCAACGACGACAACGCCGAGAAGCUGGUGCUGCGGAUCCGAAUAAUGAACAGCGACGACAACAAGUUCCAGGACACGGAAGAAGAGACUGUGGACAAAAUGGAGGACGACAUGUUCCUGCGAUGCAUCGAGGCCAACAUGCUCAGCGACAUGACUCUACAGGGCAUCGAAGCUAUCGGCAAGGUUUACAUGCAUCUGCCGCAAACGGAUUCCAAGAAACGUAUCGUAAUCACAGAAACGGGCGAAUUUAAGGCCAUCGCGGAAUGGUUGUUGGAAACUGACGGUACGAGCUUGAUGAAGGUGCUGAGCGAAAGAGACGUGGACCCGGUGCGAACGUUCAGCAACGACAUCUGCGAAAUAUUCCAAGUUCUCGGCAUCGAGGCUGUGCGAAAGUCGGUGGAGAAGGAGAUGAAUGCGGUGUUGCAGUUCUACGGUCUCUAUGUAAACUACCGACAUCUCGCCUUACUUUGCGAUGUCAUGACGGCGAAAGGUCAUCUUAUGGCGAUAACACGUCACGGAAUCAAUAGACAGGAUACCGGCGCUCUCAUGAGAUGUUCCUUCGAAGAAACGGUUGACGUGUUACUGGAUGCCGCAUCUCAUGCGGAGGUGGAUCCAAUGCGCGGAGUAUCCGAAAACAUUAUAAUGGGACAACUUCCACGUAUUGGAACAGGAUGUUUUGACUUAUUAUUGGAUGCUGAGAAAUGCAAAUCCGGCAUCGAGAUUCCUAUGGCAGUUGGUGCAGGUAUGGGAACAGCAGGAAUGUUCUUCGGCAGUGUAACUGGUAUCUCCAAUAGUAUGAGUCCUCAGAUGACACCUUGGAUGGGCGCUACUCCCGGUUAUGGAGCGUCAAGCAUGUCGCCAGCUUUGAGCAGCGGCAUGACUCCAGGAGGUGCGUGUUUCUCGCCUUCGGGCGCGUCGGACGCGUCAGGCUUGUCGCCCGCAUAUUCUGCAUAUUCACCACAACCGGGAAGCCCCGGUAGUCCCGGACCGAGCAUGAGUCCGUUCCCGAUGUCACCGGCGGGCGCGGCCUCGCCCAGUUACUCUCCCACGUCGCCAGCGUAUUUGCCCACAUCUCCCAGCAUGACGCCGUCGAGCCCGAACUAUUCGCCCACGAGCCCGACGUACUCGCCGACCAGUCCAAACUACUCGCCGACAUCACCGAGUUAUUCGCCGACGAGUCCGAGCUAUUCUCCCACAUCGCCGAGCUACUCGCCGACAAGCCCGAGCUAUUCGCCUACCUCGCCAAGUUACUCACCAACAAGUCCGAGCUAUUCUCCUACAUCACCGAGCUACUCGCCAACGAGCCCGAGCUACUCGCCAACAUCGCCGAGCUAUUCGCCGACCAGUCCAAGUUACUCACCCACAAGUCCGAGCUACUCGCCCACGAGUCCAAGCUACUCACCGACCAGUCCAAGCUACUCGCCCACGAGUCCGAGCUACUCGCCGACGAGUCCAAGUUACUCGCCAACCUCGCCGAGCUAUUCGCCCAGCUCGCCCAAUUACACACCCGCCUCGCCCUCGUACUCGCCGACCUCGCCGAGUUAUUCGCCGAGCUCGCCGCAGUACUCGCCCGCGAGUCCAAGCUACUCACCCAGCAGUCCCAAGUACUCGCCCACGAGCCCGAGUUACUCGCCUACCUCACCGUCGUUCGCCGGCACGUCGCCGCAGUACACCCCGGCGAGUCCCACGUACUCGCCGACCAGUCCGACGUACUCGCCUACGAGUCCCUCGUACUCGCCGAGCUCGCCGCAGCACACCGCGUCCGGCAGCACCCGGUACUCGCCCAGCAGUCCCAACUACUCGCCCAGCAGUCCGACAUAUUCGCCCACGAGUCCGCAGUACUCGCCGUCGAGCACCAAGUACUCACCCACGAGUCCCACCUACACGCCCACAAGCCCGAGCUACUCGCCGACGAGUCCGACGUACUCGCCACCGGUGCCAGGGUACUCGCCCACGAGUCCCACGUACUCGCCGGCGUCGCCCGCUUACGAGACAGAUGAAUAAUGCUAAUUAUUGUAUUGUAUUAAUCGUUAAUUAUAAAGAUAGAGUGAUCAAGGAAGAAGGGGAAUAUCUAUUGAUGGAAAGAUAUACAGCUGAUAAAUUUUGUUUGUUGACUGUAAUUAUUAGGGUGCGCGAAUUAUGUAUAAUUAUAACUGCACUCGUAUUAGAAAAAUUAAGAUGUGUUGC